AUGAAGGCAAUUAAAAUUCCAAAUUCCGCAUUACUUGAUGUUUUUGGACGACCAGUUGCUAUUAAUAGUCAUGAUCUUCAUCGGCCAUCUGUUACAGUACGUCCGUCACAUACAGGACCAGUUGAUAAAAGUUCAUCAAAUAAUCAGAAUGAAGUUGACAAAAAAAGUGCAACAGGUCUUGCAUCCAUUUCUACACCAGAAAAUCCUGAACGAUUAACAGUUAUAGGAGAAACUCCAUUACAUAUUGCUGUUGUUUAUAAUGAUAUAAAUUCUGUAAAACUUUUAAUAAAACAUGGUGUUGAUGUUAAUAAACGUGUUGUUGGAGAUUAUGUUUCCGAACAAAAAAAACCUACAGAUGAAGCGAAGAGUGGUAGACGAAAAAAAUUUCGUCGUACUGAGACAGUACAAAAACAAUUCAAUCCUCAAACUAGUAAUCCUGAAAGUCAUGCAUAUUUUGGUGAAUAUCCAUUGGCAUUUGCUGCUGCAUUUGGUCAUACAGAAAUAUAUGAUUAUUUAAUUGAGCAUGGUGCCGAUCCAAAUAUGCAAGAUACAUAUGGGAAUACAGUUUUACAUGUACUCGUUAUCCGAGAUCAAAUGGAAAUGUUUAAACAUGCCAUUCGACAUUCAUCAAAAAAAGCUCGUACUGACGUUCGAAAUAAUUCAGAUUUAACUCCAUUAACAUUAGCGGCUAAACUUGGUCGUAGAGAAAUUUUUAUUGAAUCUCUCGAAUUAUCCCAUGUGGAAAUAUGGCGUUAUUCAAAUAUAAAAUGUUGUACAUAUCCUCUUCGUGGUAUUGAUACAAUAACUGACGGUGGUCAAAUAGACUGGAAUUCUUCAUUAAUGUCAAUUGUCAGUGGGAAAACGGAAGAUCAUUUAGAUAUGCUUGACAAUAUGGUCAUUGAACGUUUAUUAAAUGAUAAAUGGUCAUCAUUUGCUCGAGUUAAUUUUGUUCGACAAUUAAUUUUACUUUGUUUACAUUUAUUAUCAUUAACUACAGCUGUUUGUUUACGUAAUCCAAAAGAUACUCAAACAUUUCCACGAAAAAUUAUUUGUCAUAUUGCUGAAUUCUGCGUUUUAUGUGGUUGUAUAAUAAGUAUAUUUGCAUUACAAGCAAAAGAAAUUUAUUUACAAGGUUUUAAUUAUUAUAUACAAAAUUUAAAAAGUUAUCCUGAAAAAUUAUUAUAUCAAUGUUCAUGCAUACUUAUAAUCUUAGCUGUACCAUUUCGUAUAUUAUAUUUAACAACAGAUAAUGUUACAUUUGGUUAUGUUGAAGAUGGUCUUGUAUCACUUGCUGUUCCUGGAACAUUUCUAUUCUUUCUAUUUUUUGGGCGAAUUUAUGCAUUAACAGGAGCAUUUAUUGUUAUGAUAUUUGAAAUGAUUACAGGUGAUAUAGCUACAUUUGGUGUUAUUUAUGUUAUUGUUAUAACAGCAUUUGGUCAAGUUUUUUAUUUAUUAUUUCGUGAUACAACCGAAGGUGGCAAUUGUGAACGCGCAGCAUUAAAUGAUACAUGUGAAAUUGAUAAGAUGUGUUCAUUUCAAAAUUUUGAAGCUUGGAUGACAAUGGUUCAUUUUACAAUGGGAGAAUUUGAUUUUUCUCGUUUUGAUUUAACACAUUAUUCCUAUUUAGUUAAAUGUUUAUUUGUCGUUUUUAUGAUAUUAACACCUAUACUUUUAUUAAAUAUGUUAAUUGCUUCAAUGGGUAAUACAUAUCAACGUGUUAUUGCAGUUAGUGAAAAAGAACGUGUACGACAGUGGGCUCAAUUAGUUUUAACUAUUGAAAGAUCAUGUUCUGCAAAACAACGAUUUGAUUAUCAAGGUCACUAUGCGAUUGGUAAUGAUGAUAAACGUGAUUUAAUGGUUAUAAAACGAGCUACAAAAAGUAAAGCAGUUCAAAGAAAAGGAGCGAUUAGUAAUUGGAAGCGUAUAGGAAAACUAGUUCUUUAUUUAUUAAAAGAACAAGAAGCAACAGCGGAUAAUGUUCGUCUUCGUCGUGUAUCACAUCAAUCUGUUGUACUUAAACCAAAAGCACAAUUUGAUCAUAUGCUUGAAACUCUUGCAUGGGAACGUGAUAUUGAUUUAUCAGGACCAAAAGCAUUAUCAACAUCAAAUCAAAAUAUUAAUUUAAGUUCAACACAAAAUACAGCAGAUUUAAAUGCUACAAUAUCACGUCCACCUUCACCUCCACCACCACAAUUUGUAAUAAGUGAAUUUCCUAUUCCAUCAUCAGUACCACAACGAUUAACUGGUGAUAGAAAACCAAUGCGUCGUUCCGAAUUAGCUGAACUCCGUGCUCGACCAUCAUUUAUUAAUUUUGAAGAUUUAGAAGUAUUUCGUCAUAUGCGACCAUUAACACGAGCAUCAAAUGUUUGGCAUCCUCAACCAAUUCGACGAGUUUCGAUGAUGCCUGUUGAUGCUGAUGGAUAUAAAGAUUUACUUUUAGAUGUUGAUACAACUCAACAACGAAAUAUUAAACAGAGAAAACCGAAUCCAUUUAUCGCACGUGAUACAUCGAAUAUAAGUAUUAAAUCGAAAAUAAGUGAAACAACUAUUUGUUAG